CGCGCAGGUGGCACAGCCGGCGGCAUGAAGUGCUGCAGCCGCGAGCCCUGGGCAGCCCUCGCCGUGCUCCUGCUCGCCACCGCUCCGCUGUGCGCCUCCUCGGCAGAAGGCAUCRAUGUUUCAACACACUUCAAGCCUGAGAUCGAGUAUGAACCACCGUGCCUUAGAGCAAACUUCUGCUCGCAAGCUGCCCUGUGUUGCCCGUCGGGCAUGGACGACUACGGCUGGAUCGCAGCUGCCGUUGGCUGGAGCCUCUGGUUCCUCACUCUCAUCCUGCUCUGCGUGGACAAGCUUACGAAACUCCGUCCUGACGAAUCCAAGUAUUCRGCAGCCUGAAGCAGGGCGAGCCAG